GUCUGAGCAGCAAAGUGAGGACUGAUGAAGGAGGAGGAGGAAGACGAAGAGGAGGAGGUGCAGGAGAGAGAAGGAGGGGAAACAAGAGAAGACAAAAGAUCCAUAAAAACUAAAAGCACCUUGUGGACGACAGCACAGAGUUCUCGUAAAGCUCACCUCCGACCAGAACCGAACCGAUGGGCGGCCUCCCAGUGGUGCUGCUCCUCUGCUGUUUCCACGCGCUGGCAGCCGUGGGUCGAGCCCAGCAGCCCGACGCCACCGAGGAGCCCGGAGGAGUCCUGCCGCCCGACUGCAGGGAGGAGAUGUAUCCCUGCACCAGGAUGUACUCCGUCCACAGGCCCAUCAAGAGAUGCAUCGGAGCCCUGUGCCUCUACAGCCUCCCUCGAGUCUACGUGAUCAACAACGAGAUCUGUGUGAGAACCGUCUGCCAGCAGGACGAGUACCUGAAAGCCGAGCUGUGCCGGGAGCGCUCCGGUUGGCCCCGACGCAUCGAGAGGUCGUCCAAUAGGAGACGCUGCCGCAGUCGCCGUAGCAACCCCAAAACCUGGGCAAGCAGGGCCUGAUGGCGCCGUCACCGUGGCGACCUGGCGAAACAGCCCAUAAAGCCGGAGUCAUAUCUACCUUCACGUACUAGUGUUACUGUUGAUCCGUGUGCUGGAGGACACGGAUCACGUCUUCAUGUUUACGACCCGUUUAAGGUACUGUAGGAACGGUUCUAUAGCAGCACUGAGCACUAACACCAGUAGUUAGCAGGACUUUAUAUGAGGAUGUCACUAAUUACCCAAUAAAACAUUUCACUUCUUCA